CCUCUUAUUGCUAUUCAUCCGUGUUAACCGUGUCAACAAGGGUCAACAAUCAGUCCAAGACUUCAUGCCCUCCUGAGUAUCUAUAUCAUAAUAUGCACGCAUUAUCUACCGCAUUAGCUUGGGUGACGUGAAAAGGAGAAAACGGCUGCUCCUUCGCGCGCCACCAUAAAUGGCGCCAAUAUUAGGGGCGUUCCUAGAUUAUGUGCCUUUAUCGCCUCAAUUCAUAGGCGAACCAGGCGCUCCUACUGCGUGGCACGGCGCUGCUCUGAACGACUACCAUGCAUUCCACACGGCGCGCUGUCUCGCCACGGGCUUUGCCAUUUUCGUGGUGCACUGUUACAUGUAUGUGAAAAUCAUACAUGGUCAGCCCAGCGCCGCUCUGCGACUCGCGUUGACCACGCUGUCGACCGGCGCCUACUUCGCUGCGGUGCUGCGCCUUCACCCGUGGCAGCCCUACUGGAUCCGCGAGCUGUCGGUCAUGCUGGCGCAGCUCUACGCGUGGAAGGCCACGGACCUGGCGCUGCUGCGUCACGGCGAGCCGCUCCGCCGCUUCUGGCCCUUCCUGCUGUUCGACGUGCUUGUGCUGCGCCCGCCCGCACUGGUGCUGCCCGGCAGUAGCAGCAGCAGCGCAGACAGCGGCAGCGGCAGUAGCAGUAGCAGCGCCGGCAGUAGCGACAGUUGCAGUAGCAGCAGAAACGGGGCAGGCGAAACAGGUGCCACUGCUGAUGGGACAGGUGCGGCGAGAGGGGGGGAGAAGGAAAGGUGCCAGCCGGGUGUGCGGAGGAGGAGGCACGGGCAGCCGAACGUGCCAUUGGGGUCCAGCGUGCGUGCUCUGGAAUUCGCUGCUGGUGCUACUGCUACUGCCGUGGACCCAGCUACGGUCGCCCCCGCGGCAAUAGCAGGAUCGCCGCAGGCGGUAGCGCUAGGAGCUGCAAAGGCGAAGCUAGGCGGCGGUGAGCAGUCGCAUGCGCAUUCGUCGGGGCGACGGCGAGCCGGCGAUGACCCAUUUCAAAAGCUUCCAGCAGGCGCGGUAGGCUCGCAAGCAGCCACAGCAGCAGCAGCCUCGGCAGCAGCAGCAACCUCAGAAGCAGCAGCAGCAGCAACUCGUGCUCCGGCUGCGGGAGCAGCAGCUGCAGCAGGGGCGGCGGGGGCGGCGGCUGCGCCGCGGCAGGGGGCGGCGUUGCGGGGGCCGAGCAGGCAGCCGGGGGCGGCUGCUGCUGCCGUGGGGGUGCUGCCGCGGCUGCGGCUGGCGGCGCGGGUGGUGGCGGGUCCGCUGCUGGACUUUGCUCGGGCCUACUGCUGCUGCGAGGCAGCCAACGCCUACCUCAUGCACAGGCGGCCGGAGGACGUCUUGGGCGCGCAGUACCUCACACAGGUGCUGCUGAGCUGCUGCUUCGCCACAGCGCUGUACUGCCACCUCAGCUACUUCUUCCACUCCAUGGAGAUGCUGUGGCUGGCCGGCUUCGCGCUGGCGGGCGGGCACGAGUUGCCGCGGUGGGCGCCGCUGUUCAACGCACCCUACUGCUCGUCCAGCCCCGUGGACUUCUGGAACAACAGGUGGCACCAGGCGUUUCGGUGGUGGUGGACGCGGCUGGUGUUCACGCCCGUGCGCCGCGCGCUGACACACGGACUGGACCGGCUGCAGCAGCGCUACGGCACUGACGGCAUGGGCGCCGGCGCCAGGACGGCUGCAGAUGAUGGUGGUAACGGUGGUGAUGGGGGUGGUUGUAGCCCGUGGAAGGGGCGGCAGGAGGAGCGGCGACAGAAGGAGGUGGGUCAGGAGGAAGGCCAGGAGGAGGAGCGGAAGCAGCAGGGCGAGGGGCGGGCGCUGAAGGCGGCACCCCACCACUUGCGACGCGGCGGCGGCGGCGGCGUGUCUGUGCACGUGACGGCGGCGGCACAUGCGGCUGCGCACGUGCACGUGUUCCCCUCACCCGCAUCAGGAUCACAUGCGCACGUGCACGGCGCGCACAAGGCGGAAAUACACACAGCCCAGCAAAACUCCUCACACGCGUCAAAACGCAAAACCGGCAAUCGCAGCAGCGGCAGCAGCAGCAGCAGCAAGCACGCCGGCGCCAACAAGGCCAGCGGCAGCAGUAGCAGCUCCCGUCGCGGCAGCAGCGGCAGUAGCAACAUUACCAAGAGCAGCAGGAGCGGCGGUAGCGGCUGUAGCAGCAGGGGGCUGCUGCUGGGUGCCCGCCUGGCUCGGUGGCUUCUGGCGCGGCGGCGGGGCCUGCAGGUGUCGGUGCCCACGGUGGCGGUGUUUGCCUUCUCAGCGCUGUUCCACGAGUCACUGCUGUGGAUCAACUUUGGCCGGCCCACAGGCGAGCAGGCCGCGUUCUUCCUGCUGCACGCCGCCAUCCUGCUGCUGCAGCGCGCCGGACAGGCCGCAGCGCCGCGCCUGGCCGCCGCCCUCCGCAGCCGCCUGCCGCGCCCGCUCCGCUGCGCCGCCUGCCUGACACUGCUGGCGUCCACCUCGCCGCUGUUCUUCGCGCCCUGGUUCCGCAACAGCUACCACCGAGAGCUGCGGGUGCUGUUCUACGGCCCCACGCAGUGGGCGGUGCGGGUGUGGGCGCUGGGCCGGGCGCCUGAGGCCGUGCGGCUGUUCUGGUAGUGGUGGCGGGGAGUGGUAGUGGUAAGGAGGGUAGUGGUGGUGGUAAGGGGGGAGUGGCGUUUGUGCUGGCGUCAUGUGGACACUGACUUGAGAUGUGGGGGGAUGGUUGGGGCAGGGGGGUGGGCGUGCGGAGAGGGGCGCGUGCUUGGGAUGGGAGGGUGGUGAGCAGGCGAGCGGUGUGUGCGGUUGACAUGGGUGGACCUGAAGAAUUUGUGCCGAUGCUGACCCGGCUGCGUGUGAGCAUGGGGGGCUGGCCGCAUUGCCAUGCUGCCAGCGCUGCACGUUUCAUGAAGAAACUGCUUAUUGCGCUGCAUAGCUGGUGUGGCUACAUACGGUAGUUGAAGAUUUCGAGCUGCUGCAUUGUGAGUGGGCGCGGAAAUGCACCCGGGGGCGGCAAACGAACCCGGGCGCUGCAAGCCACUUCGCUUGUGCUGUUUCUGUGAUAUACGCGUGCAACGCGUGGGCCCCGUAUCCGGGGAGUGGAGCGGGGAGACUGGAUGUGCGUGUCGGAAACUGCACUGGUUACCUACAAGCAAAGCCCCCCUGUUUACAAGUCUACAACACGGGACGCUGUUGAGGUGCUAGACCAAGGGCGCACUGACAGCGGCGCGCGCUGGCGUUGACUGGACGAGCGCAGCCGCUGUGAUGGAGGGUCGUACUCAAGGUCGUACUCGGUGAUUUCUGUCCCGGACUGGCGAGCCUACAUGAUAGUUGGCGGUGCUGAGACUCAGUCGACAUGCGAUGCCGCCCCGACAUCGAUGGGGGCAACGAGAGGGCAGGAGGAGGCCGCGACACGA